AUGGAUAAGUUCCAUAAAGCCUCAUCGACAUCAAUCUCAACGUAUCUUGGCCGAGUCGGAGGCUUCGGAUUCCCCCACAAAUACCGCACAAAUACCGAGCAGACUAACCACUGGAACUGCGUGUUGACCGCGAAAGGCUCGAAAUCGGGGCUGGCGGGCGUGUACCAGCCCUUUCCUCCUUUCGUGAUCGAGGCCGAGGAGAAAUCAAUCCCUGUACGAGGCAUCUUAGCCAGUCUGAUGGUUUAA